AUGCUGUCACAAUAUGAUAUCGUCUCCUCGGCUUAUUUGCGUACGGAUCAUUCUUUCCGCACCGUGGAUCCCCCUGUCGUGUCGAUGCCAGAUGGAAAGAAUUGCGCAUUUCUAGUCAAACCAAUCUGCCGUGACUGCUCCGCCUACCCGGAGAUAAGGCGGCCUUUUCUCUUUGUUUUCAUCGCAACAGAAUUCAGGAUUCCCAAAGUCGUCAACCAGACAAUGCGGCUUCACCAAGCGUCCCGAUUAUUGGCCCUUCUUCUAUGCUCUGGCCAUGUUUUCGCGUCUCACCAAGCGCCUGUCCUUCGGUCGUGGUGA